UCAUCGUUUUCCGAGGAGUCCUCUUUCAUAAGCACAGUCACUCUGCACUUUAAGCAAACAUGGCUGACGCUUGGGAUGCGCAGCCGGCGCCCGUGUAUGGUGAACGCAUUGCGCUGCAGGACGAUUCACGCAACGCUGGCCCAAUCUCGCCAGCCAACGCGACCGAGCGCUUCCUCGCGUUCAUCCGCAACUUCCGCCACGAAAACGUCUUUGUCUACAGAGACCAGCUGCGGCGUCGCUUCCACCUUGGCCAGUACUUUUUGGAGGUUGAGCUGCGCGACCUCGCCGCGUUCAAUGGCACGCUCGCCGAUCUCCUCGUGGCGCGUCCGGCCGAGUUCCUUCCGUUGUUCGAGAACGCAGCGCGAGCGGCUGCUGCUGCCGUCGUCCACGCCCAGGGCGAGGAGGAGCGCGCUCGCGAGCUGCGCGAGAUUCAAGUCAUGCUCAGGUCGGACGGCAAUCCCAUGCAAAUCCGCGAGCUCACGUCCGACUACAUUUCCAAGCUGGUCAAAAUUCCAGGCAUCAUCAUCAGCGCCUCGACUCCGCGUGCUCGCGCCACACAUCUCACUAUUCGCUGCUCCAACUGCAGCCACACGCAACAACUGCCCGUCGCGUCGGGUUUUGGCGGUAUUUCGCUGCCGCGCAAAUGCCCCACCAACGACAAUCCGCAAGCCAACCAGGAACGCUGCCCGCUCGAUCCGUACAUGAUUGACGGCGACAAGUGCCUCUGCAUCGACCAGCAAACGCUCAAGCUGCAGGAGCAUCCCGAAGUCGUUCCGACUGGUGAACUUCCGCGACACAUGCUGCUCUCGAGCGACCGUUAUCUGUGCGGCCGAGUGGUUCCCGGCAUGCGUGUGACAAUCAUGGGCAUCUACUCCAUCUUCCAGUCUCGUGGCUCCAGCGCGGUGGCAACGCGCAAUCCGUACAUUCGUGUUGUGGGCAUGACGGUCGAUACAGACGGUCCUGGUCGCGCCUCCAGUCAGUUUUCGCCAGAAGAUGAGGAAGCCUUCAUCAAAAUGGCGCGCGGCGGCGACGUCUACGCCGAAUUGGCCAAGAAUAUUGCGCCGUCCAUUUUCGGCAGCUUAGACAUCAAAAAGGCCAUCGCCUGCUUAUUGUUUGGAGGCUCACGAAAACGCCUGCCUGACGGGCUUCGCGUGCGUGGCGAUAUCAACGUCCUGUUGCUGGGUGACCCCGGUACUGCAAAGAGUCAAUUCCUCAAGUUUGUUGAAAAAGUUGCGCCCAUCGGUGUCUACACGAGUGGCAAAGGCUCCAGUGCCGCGGGUUUGACGGCUUCUGUCGUGCGCGAGGGAAGCUCGCGCGAAUUCUAUCUCGAGGGUGGUGCCAUGGUCUUGGCCGACGGAGGCGUUGUGUGCGUCGACGAGUUUGACAAGAUGCGCGAAAGCGAUCGCGUCGCCAUCCACGAAGCCAUGGAGCAGCAAACCAUCUCGAUUGCCAAGGCUGGCAUCACCACCAUCCUGAACUCGCGCACCUCGGUGCUCGCGGCCGCCAACUCUGUGUUUGGUCGAUGGGACGACACCAAAGGCGCGGAAGAUAACAUGGAUUUUCAAACAACCAUCUUGUCGCGCUUUGACAUGAUUUUCAUCAUCAAGGACGAGCACGACGAAGCCAAGGACACGAGCAUCGCGCGGCACGUCAUGCAGGUGCAUCUUAACGCGAACGAAGCUCCCGACAUGGAGACGAUGGAUUUGCAAUUUUUGAAAAAGUACAUCAAUUACUGCCGAACGCGUUGCGGGCCACGCAUUUCAGAUGAGGCUGCAGACAAGCUCCGCAACCAUUUUGUGGCCAUUCGCAAGGCCGCAAAGGAUCAGGAGCGACAGUCGGGCAAGCGCUCGAGCAUUCCUAUUACCAUUCGACAACUGGAGGCCAUCAUUCGAAUUUCCGAAUCGCGAGCCAAGAUGACUCUGACGCCGUUUGCGACCAUCGAAGAUGUAGCGGAAGCCAUUCGCCUUUUCAAAGUGUCAACUCUCGAUGCGGCACUGUCUGGCGACAUUAUCGGCGCGGAAGGCGGAGCCGUCCGUCCAGAGCUUCAAGACGAGCUCAGCAAGAUUGAAAAGCAGAUUCAGCGACGGUUCUUUGUUGGUGCCCAAGUGUCUGAGAAGCGCAUUGUUGAAGAUUUCGUGAAGCAGGGCUUCUCCGAGUAUGGCAUCAAGAAGGUCAUUUCAGUAAUGCUUCGACGAGGCGAUUUGCAACACAAGGCGCAGCGGAAGGUGCUGCUACGUGUGCGAUAGUCGACAGCGAUUGUUUCUUCGAUUUUAGCGAUUUUUGGUGUCGUGUUCCGCUUGUUGGUGUCGUGUCGGUCUGUGAAUGGAAUGAAUCCUUGAGCUUGGCA